UUUUUGUUUUUGUUUUUUUUUGCCCUCAUUACGUCCUGUUUGACAGGAACAUAUAUAGUUAUACACAACACUCGCACUGACACCGUUCGUUCAUAAAAAAGGGGAGAUCUCAAAACAAAUCUUUUUUUUAAAAAGAAAAAUCUGUUUAUUAUUAUUCGAAGAAGAAAAUAAAAAUUAAAGGGAAAUUAAUAUGAAAGGUGGUGGUGGAAUUAUAGUAGGAGCAGUCAAGAGCAACUGUUGUUGUAAUUGGUUGAUUAAUUUUGGUUUUGGAUUAUUAUUAUUAUUCUUACUUCUUCAUCUUCUCAUUAUUAUUGUUUUUUCUCGGUUCUUUUAUUAUUCUUCUUUGUUGUUGUUGUUCUUUUUCAAUCCCUCAUCACACGCUGCUUUUCUAUUUUCCUUUUACCUUAAUUUAUUAUUGUUAUUGUCAAUUUCGUCAUUCGCUAAUCCUUGUUCUGCCUUUUUUCCAUUCCUUGACUAUCACGGAAUUUUGGUUCAAGAAGAGAGAGAAAGCCGUAGAGAUAGAAACACAAACUCAAUUGAUUCUUUUCGGGUACCCUAAUUUUGGUGUUGCUUCGUUUGGUUUCUUUCUUUUAUUUGUUUUCUCUAGCGUGUUCUGCGAUUUCUAGGGUUUGUGAAAGGGGGAAUCACGGAUAGAGGGAGAAAGUUUCGAUCUUUGAUCGAUUUUCGUCGAUGGAGGGGGAGGGUGGUUCAGAGGGAGAGAAUAAUCAGAGAAGGGGUGGCACAGAUGAUAAUAGCAAUGAAAAUAUCAAUGGAAGCAAUAGCAAAGUUGCGAAUUCCAAUGAGGGGCAGAGCAAGCCCAAGCGCCAGAUGAAGACACCCUAUCAACUCGAAACCCUCGAGAAAGCUUAUGCCUUGGAGACGUACCCUUCUGAGGCUAUGAGGGCCGAGCUAUCGGAGAAAUUGGCGUUGUCUGAUCGGCAGCUGCAGAUGUGGUUCUGCCACCGGAGGCUGAAAGACAAGAAAGACUUGCCAACCAAGAAGCCGCCGAAGAAGGCCGUGGAGAAAGUGCGGGAGCCAGAGCCUGAACCAGUGCCGGAUUCCCCAGUGGAUGACCACAGAUUGGGCCCCGAGCUAGGCAAUGAGAAUGGAUCCGGGUCUGGUUCUGGGUCAAGCCCGUUUACCCGGUCAGAGUCCAGGAGUGUGGCGCCGCGGGGUUAUUAUGAAUCACAGCAGGCUGCGCUCGAGCUCAGAGCAAUUUCUUGUGUGGAGGCACAGUUAGGGGGGCCAUUGAGGGAAGAUGGACCCAUUCUAGGAAUAGAGUUUGAUGCAUUGCCACCAGAUGCAUUUGGGGCGCCCUUAGCAACCAUUGCAGAACAGCAGAAGCGACCAAGUCAUGCCUAUGACAGUAAAGUUUAUGAAAGACAUAAUGCUAGACCAAAUAAGGCUAUGGCAAGGGCAUUCCAUGAAUAUCAAUUUCUACGGAACCAGGCUGGCCCCAGGUCUGAUGGUUUUGGACAAUAUCCCCAACAUCAUUUACAUGAUCCGAUGGAAGGUCCUGCAAGAAAUACCCAUUUUGCACAUGGAACUGAACAGUUACAUAGAAGUCAUGCUACCCAAGGUCAUUCUUCUCGAGUCCGUAUUUUACCUCAACAAGAUAAGCAAGGGAUUCCUCAUCCAUCUCCUCCUCAAGAUGAUGAUGUUGCUUCCCAAAAGCAAUUGCACACAAAUGUAGUGAACACUGGAGUGAACUCUCAUUCUACUGAUUACCAAAUUGUUGGGCCCGAAAAUCCCUAUAACCCACCAGGUGGACAAGUUUCCCAUAUCACUACAAUGCAGAUUGAGAAAAAACGAAAGAGUGAUGAUGCUAGAAGUGCAAGGGAAGUUGAAGCCCAUGAGAUGAGGAUCAAGAAAGAGCUUGAGAAACAAGAUAACCUUAGACGAAAGAAUGAAGAGCGAAUGAGGAAAGAAAUGGAGAGACAAGAUCGUGAAAGAAGGAAGGAAGAAGAAAGGUUGAUGCGUGAGAGACAGCGAGAAGAGGAAAGAUUAAGGCGUGAGCAAAAACGUGAACUCGAACGAAGGGAAAAGUUUUUGCUGAAAGAAAAUUUGAAAGCUGAGAAAAUGAGGCAAAAGGAAGAGCUUCGCAAAGAGAAAGAAGCAGAGAGACGCAAAGCUGCCUUGGAAAAGGCAACUGCUCGUAGAAUAGCUAAGGAAUCCAUGGAACUAAUUGAAGAUGAACAACUGGAAUUGAUGGAGCUUGCUGCUUCAAGCAAGGGAUUGUCCUCUAUAAUUCAUCUUGAUUUUGAUACUCUGCAAAACCUUGAAUCAUUUAGGGAUUCAUUGUGUGUUUUCCCACCUAAGAGUGUAAAGCUAAGAAAACCAUUUGCGAUCCAACCCUGGAUUAACUCAGAAGAGAAUGUUGGCAACCUUCUCAUGGUUUGGAAAUUUUUGAUUACUUUUGCUGAUAUUCUUGAGUUGUGGCCUUUUACUCUCGAUGAGUUUGUGCAAGCUUUUCAUGAUUACGAUUCAAGACUGUUGGGUGAAAUACAUGUUGCUCUCCUUAAGGUGAUAAUAAAAGACAUUGCAGAUGUUGCAAGGACACCUUCCACUGGAUUAGGAAUGAGCCAAAAUGGUGCAGCUAAUUCAGGAGGUGGCCAUCCAGAGAUUGUGGAAGGGGCAUAUGCAUGGGGCUUUGACAUACGUAAUUGGCAUAAGCACUUAAAUCAGUUGACAUGGCCAGAAAUUUUUCGACAGCUAGCAUUAGCAGCAGGUUAUGGACCACAGUUGAAGAAAAGAAAUAUUACAUGGUCAUAUGCAAAUGAUAAAGAUGAGGUUCGGUACUCAAAUCUGUUUCUUUUUAAACUAGCACCUCGAAAAUCAAGGCACCGCUUAACUCCUGGAACAGUAAAGUUUGCUGCAUUUCAUGUUCUCUCACUUGAAGGUGGUGAAGGAUUGACAGUACUAGAACUUGCAGAAAAAAUUCAGAAAUCUGGCCUUCGGGACCUGACAACUAGCAAGACACCAGAGGCAUCGAUUUCUGUCGCUUUGACAAGAGAUGCUAAGCUUUUUGAGAGAAUAGCUCCAUCGACAUAUCGCGUACGUACUGCAUUUAGAAAGGAUCCGGCGGAUGCUGAGUCUAUUCUUUCAGAAGCAAGAAAGAAAAUUCAGAUAUUUGAAAAUGGGUUUCUAGCUGGUGAAGACGCUGAUGAGGUUGAACGAGAAGACGAUAUUGAAAGAGAUGAUGUUGAAAGAUAUGAUGAUGUAGAAAGAGAAGAAGAGUCAGAAAGUGAAGAAGUUGAUGAUGAUCCUGAAGUUGACGAUUUGCUAGGUCCUUCAAGUGCUAACAAAACAUCUGAACUGUGUGAUGAUUUCUCAUCUAUUGGAAAAGAAAGUUUGGGUCAUAAGGUAGAACUUAUUCAAGAUCAGUUUGAGAAGGAUCUUCCGGAGAAUGGUACUAAGGAUGUGGAUGGUUCUAAAGAUGCUCAUCUUCCAGAUGCUAUCACUGGACAACCCGUUAUUACAAACUUUGAGGAAGAUAAUAUGGAAAUUGAUGAAAGCAAGACUGGAGAGUCAUGGGUUGAAGGGCUUGCAGAAGGAGAAUAUUCUGAUCUCAGUGUAGAGGAACGUUUAAAUGCUCUUGUUGUAUUGGUUGGUGUGGCAAAUGAAGGAAAUUCAAUCCGCGUUGUUCUCGAGGAUCGUUUGGAAGCAGCAAAUGCUCUGAAGAAGCAAAUGUGGGCAGAAGCUCAGAUAGAUAAAAUUCGACUGAGAGAUGAUAAUGUAAAUAAAUCAGAUUUUCCAUCUAUCAAUGGGAAUAAAGUUGAACCACAAUACACAAGUCCUGCUGUGGGGGGGAACCAAAGCCCAUUGCUUGACAUAAACAUUGACAAUAAUAAUAAUAAUGAGGCAUCGCCUAGCACUGCAGAAAAUAAAAAAGCUGCAGUUGUACAGAACCUUGCCAUGGAAAAGCCCUCAAUAGGUCAAGAUUACUGCAUUGGUCCAGAUAACCCUCAAACUCAACUAUCUGCUCCCUAUUCGAAAAGGUCUCGUUCUCAGUUGAAAUCAUAUAUUUCUCACAUGGCAGAAGAGAUGUCCGUAUACAGGUCUUUACCCCUUGGUCAAGAUCGCAGACAUAAUCGUUAUUGGCAAUUCGUUGCAUCUGCUUCUUGCAAUGAUCCUGGCUCUGGCAGGAUCUUUGUUGAAUAUCUUGAUGGCAAUUGGAGGCUUAUUGAUUCUGAAGAGGCCUUUGAUGCUCUUUUUAAUUCACUGGAUUUGCGUGGGAUCAGGGAAUCUCAUUUGCGCAUAAUGUUGCAAAAGAUUGGAAGUUCCUUCAAAGAAAAUGUUAGGAAGAAUGCACAAUCUGCCAAUAUUGGAAGCAGAGAUGAAAGUAAUAUUAAAAAUGAAGCUGAUGAAGCAGAGUCCAGUCCUGAUUGCCAUGCAUUGUCUGACAGUCCCAGCAGUACACUCUGUGGCUUGAACUCUGAUACAUCUGAAACUUCUUCAUCAUUCAAAAUUGAGCUUGGGAAAAGUGAGAGUGAGAAGAAAGGUGCCUUGAGAAGGUAUCAAGAUUUCCAGAAAUGGAUGUGGAAAGAAUGCUAUAACUCAUCCAUAUUAUCUGCAAUGAAAUAUGGGAAAAUGAGAUGCAAACCUCAGGUGGACAUCUGUGAUAUCUGCCUCAACCCUUAUUUCUUUGAAGACUCCCAUUGCAAUUGUUGCCAUCGUACUUUUCCCUCAAAUAACGGAUUUAAUUUUUCAAAACAUAUAUUUCAAUGUGGGGGCAAAUUGUCCAAAGAUAUUUGUAUUCUGGAUUGUUCUCUUCCCUUGAGGACAAGGUUGCUUAAGGCCCUGCUGGCUUUUAUUGAGGCAUCUGUUCCCUCCGAAGCGUUUCAAUCAACUUGGACAGAAGAUACUAGAAGGCAUUGGGGUUUGAAGUUAAGCAAAUCAUCUUCUGUCGAGGAACUUCUUCAGUUAUUGACUGUGUUUGAGAGAGCAAUAAAGCGAGAUUUUUUAUCGUCAUCCUUCUCAACAACACAAGAAUUGUUGGGAUCAAGCAGUAUGUCAGAGAGUGCUUUUACCGAUCCUGAAUCUGUUGCUGUACUUCCAUGGGUUCCACAGACCACCUCAGCUGUGUCUCUCAGACUCUCUGAGUUUGAUGCGUCCAUUAGCUAUGUUCAGCUUGAAAAAUCUGAGCAUCGCAGGGAGAAAGAAACUAUAGAAUACAUGAAGCUUCCUUCAAGAUCUAAUCCUUUCAAAUCUAGUAGAGUAGUGGAACCAGCAGACUUGGACCAUGAUGAAUUCAUGAAAGUUAGGUCUGCUCCCAUGAAAAUUGUAAAAAGUGGCAAUAAACGUGGGCGGGGGAAUAGUGAUAAAGGACGGGGUAAAAAGAUAGCUAAAAGAAUGCAUGAUUCCAAACAAGAUACUGGCCGCCGCAUUGUUAAGGUCACAGAGAAUCUUAGUCAAAGACUAAAACAGCAGGGGCAAGGAGCACAAGGACAAAGUGGUGGACGUGGUCGCCGAACUGUCAGGAAAAGACGAGUGGAAAAGAGGGCUGUUGAAGAUUUGCUGCUGGGCCACAAGGCUGGCACACACAGUUCCAAUAUUGUUAGAGAACCAUUGAGAAACCUGGAUGAGGAAUGGGAUGAUGAUGAAAAGGCAAGUCCCAUGACUUCCAUCCACAUGGGGGCUGCCGACAAUAGUAACAGUGCCGAAGAGGCAGAUUCUGAUGACAAUGCUCAAGUAGCAGAGUCCAACGACAAUGCUCAAGCAGCAGAUUCGGAUGACAAUGCUCAAGAAGUGGAUUCCGAUGACAAUCCUCUAGAAGUGGACUCAGAUGACAAUGCUCAAGCAGUGGACUCAGAUGACAAUGGCCAAGCAGUGGAAUAUGAUCAAGGAAACUGGGGAAUAGGUUUCAAUAACACCCCCAACAGGUGGAGUAGGGAUGUGGUUGGAAUGAUUGAUGAAGAUGUAGAAGCUUCAGACGAGGACAAUGACAACAAUGUUGGGCUUGAAGAGAACGAAGAGGAAGAAUCAGAGGGUGAUGAUGUUAUGAGUGAGGAGGGUUCAGAUGGAAUUGCAGAUAGAGUUUUGAAUGAUGACUCGGACUCUGAUGAUUCUGAAGAUUCAUCUGAUUAGAACAAUGUUUUUGAUUCAACGGAAGGAAGGGGUUGGAUGUGGAGGCUGCAUUACAUUUUUGAUAUUGCAGCUUUAAUACUAAGUAUGAAGCACCAAGUCAUGCCAUUCCGUGGCUUGAAACUGAGAGUAGACAGAGAGAUACAUUGUAUAUUAUCCAUUGCAAAAAUGGAGCUUUGUAAUUUUAAGCACUCUGAAACGGAGGGAGGGCCUUUAAGGCCGCCCUUACCCUUAUUGUUUCUUUUCUGGUUAUAGAUAUUCAUUAAUUAAUAAAGGUCUUAGUUAUUAUUUAAGUCAA